AUGGGUGGUAAAGAUUCAAAUCAUUCAAUAUCAUUGCUUCGUGAUGAGUCGACACAUUUGAGCUUGGAUACACCUUUCAUAAAUCCCAGCAUGCCGUGGUUACGUCCUGCGGGAUCUAGUAGUGGCUUAGUUUGUCUUAAUUUGUUGGGUCUUCGUGUGCGGUCAAAUUAUAUAGUUGUAUGGAACCCAGCCACAAAGCAGUUUAGGUUUCUUCCUACGACGGAUGAAUGGGAUGAUCAUCGUCUACUAGGGUUUGAGUUCUUUCAUGACAGUAGAAAUUACAAAGUGGUCAACAUUCCCAAACCUGGUCGUGACAACACAAUUCGAGCUAAAGUCUUCACCAGCAGUACAAAAUCUUGGAGAGAAGUAAAAAGCCACUACUACUGUUCAUCAGGCGCAAUUAUCGGGGGUACGUUGUCUUCAAUCACCAAUGUGGUGCUGUAUUCGCCUCUGGGGAUAAUGAAACAAACAUCCCAUGUCUUGUCAUUCAAUUUGCGCGACGAGGUCUUCCAUGCGAUACCAUUACCAGAGAGCAGUAUUAGUGGUCAAAUUGAUCUACUUUCAUGGAAAAAUUCUUUGCCAUUUCUAGGAGGUCCUAAAUAUAAACCAACUUGUGAGCUUUGGGUGAUGACUGAGGAGCCUUCUGCUGGUACUACACAAAUCACUUGGGUUAAACAGUUUAUACUUGAACCCUCAGCAAUGCCGGGAUAUAUAAUAGGACCUUGGAAGGAUGAAUACCUUUUAGGGGAUGCUAUUUCAGAUGAUCAGCUGCAUUGUUACGAUCCUGCGAGCCAGAAAUCGACAAGGCUCCCAAAGCAUGAUCAUACACAUCGUUUGAUUUAUGAAAAAGCCAUCAACUAUGUGGAGACCCUAGUUUCAGUAGACUGA